GCGCAGGCGCAUGGCCUGUCAUGCGAGGCCACCACAUCAGCUGCAGCAGGUGUGCCGGCGGGGCGGCGGUACCUGUCGAGUGCGGUGAAGGAGAUGGAGACCAUCAAUGAGGGCGACGCCCCUGCACUGCUGACGGGUGAGCUGAACCUCACGCAGCACCCCAACGGGCUGAUGGAGUUCGUCCUCAACCGGCCCAAGGUCCUCAAUGCACUCAGCGUCGACCAAGUGUGAGUGAGCGACGGAACGCUGCACUCCCACAAUGGGAGCAGAGGAACCACACAAAGGGAUGAAUCGAAUCGACAGACCCAUGUGUGAGUGUGUGUGUGUGUGUGUAUGUGUCAGGGCGUGCAUCGGCGAGUACUUGUGGAUCCUUGACCACAAGAGGGGCAAGGAGUGCCAGGCCAUCCUGAUGCGCGGCGAAGGGCAGAAGGCCUUCUGUGCGGGCGGCGACGUGCGGCGCAUGGCCGAGGGCGAGGCCGCCUACAGCGUCCGCUUCUUCAGCCGCGAGUACCUCAUGGACUACCGCACCUCUCAGCUCAAGAAGCCCUACGUCGCUCUGUGGAAUGGCAUCGUCAUGGGCGGCGGGGUGGGCAUAUCGGUCCACGGCAGCUACCGCAUCGCCACCGAGAAGACCAUGCUUGCCAUGCCUGAGGGCAACAUCGGCCUCUUCCCGGAUGUGGGUGCCUCACACGCACUGGCGCCGCUCAAGGGCUUUGGGCUGUAUCUGGGACUCACGGGUGCGCGGCUGAAUGGCGCUGACGUGUUGAGGCACGGUGAGAUUACCUACUAAGCUGGCAUCGUGCACUGCAUGUGACAGACGGUCAUGUGUGUGUGCGUCUGGUCGUAGGUUUGGCGACGCAUUUUGUGCCAUCGGAAUCGGUGGAGUCGCUCAUUCAGGAAUUGAGAGAGGUACGUGCAGACACUGGCUGGGCUGGCUCACGUGUGUAUCGUAUCACACGUGCGCUGCGGUUCCCCUCAUGUGUGCAGGCGCCGCUGGGUGACUGCGAUGUGGGUGCAGCCCACCAAGCCGUCAAGACACUGCUGGCGUGAGAAACCACACACACCACUGACAGCACGGAGAGAGCGUCUGAUGAUGUAGUUGAGUUGCUGUUUGUUUGUGUCUGUGCCUGUCAGCAAGUACGGCAAGUCCCUUGACGAGGUCGCUAAGACGCUGCCGCCAUCCGUCGACCAGGAAGCCCUGUCAGCUGUGGAUCAGGUGAUGUCCCCCCCGUCUGCAUCGCUCUCUGAGGUCAUGGGCCGACUCAGGGAGAGAAUCGGCUCAUCACAGGGGCAGAUCAAAGACUUCCUCCAAAAGGCGGGUGGGUGAAUCGCUUGGGUGGCAGGGCUCUGUGCGGAAGGCAGGCCCACACACGCUCUUGUUUCUGGAUUGGCGUUGACUGAUCAGAGUCAGCCAUUCGCGCCAAGUGUCCCAUGUCGUGCGUCGUGUGGCAUCGCCUCUUGAAGGAAGUCACAAGUGAGCAACGCCAACAAAGCGCAACACCGGCAGAGCCCAAACACACACAGACGCGUGUGUGUGUGUUGGUGUGUGUGUGUGUGUUGGGGUGUGUGUGUGUUGGUGUGUCAGAGCCUGACGGUAGUGUGAUCGAUUUGGCUGACUGCCUGCGUUUUGACUUCGCGCUCGCCCAGGCCAUGACCGUACACGACAGCUACAACUUCAGAGAGGUACGCGCUGCGCCAUCCGUGUGAUGGCGCAUCUCUGCCAUCUGUGGCGUGCUCUGCGAUGCCGUGCAGGGUGUGCGUGCGGCUCUGAUCGACAAGGACCAGCAGCCAAAGUGGCAGCCGCCCACCAUCGAGGACAUGGAACAUGACACACAACGAAUCGACAUGUACGCAGCCGACAGACAGACAGAUAGACAGACAGACAGACAGACAGAGAGCGAGAGAAGCCAAUGUGCAACGUGCCCGUCCAGUCCUGGAUGGAUGUGCCGGAUGGAUGGAUGUGUCUGUCUGUCUGUCUGUAUCUAUGUGUGUGUGCAGGCUGUUCCAGUGUCCGCAGGGAGAGCGGCUCGACGAUGUGGUUAAGAUGUGAUUGAUGCCACACAAACGGGCCCAUCUAUCUAUGUGCGGCUGUCGUCGGUCCCGUGGGUCGCCUUUGUCUUGUGACCUAGCUACGGUUUGUUGAUGCCUGACAUUUUGUCGUUUGGUGCCCCAUAUCGAUCGAAUUCUGAUACACGAUGCGUGGCUCACGCAGCGAAUUCGUCGGUGAUCUCUCUGGCUUGACGUCCUGCCUCUGAGAUUGCCGGCAGGUCCGCUGAGUGAGCCACGCACGUGACAGAGCGAGUCAAUCGACAGACAUGUGCUGACGAGAGCAUGGGACGUGUCGAGUCGAAU